UGACCGACUGACAUGCUGUCAAUUUACACGGGGGGAAUCCAUUUAUCUGCUCAGUCAUCAUGGCUCAUGAUGGCUCACCAGCGAGUUCACACCGGGGUGCGGCCAUUCACCUGCUCAGACUGUGGGAAGGGAUUCACGUUGUCAGCUCACCUACUGAGUCAUCAGUCAGUUCACACGGGUGAGAGGCCAUUCACCUGCUCUGACUGUGGGAAAGGAUUCACUUUGUCAUCUAAUCUUAAGCUACAUCAGCGAAUUCACUCUGGGGAGAGGCUGUUCACCUGCUCAGACUGUGGGAAGGGAUUGGCGUUGUCUUCCCACCUACUGAGACAUCAGUUAGUACACACUGGUGAGAGGCCGUUCACCUGCUCGGACUGUGGGAAAAGAUUCACUUCGUCAUCUCAACUUAAGGUACAUCAGCGAGUUCACACUGGGGAGAGGCCAUUCACCUGCUCGGACUGUGGAAAAGGAUUCACUCAGUCAUCCCACCUACAAGCACAUCAGCGAGUUCACACUGGUGAGAGGCCAUUCACCUGCUCGGACUGUGGAAAAGGAUUCACUCAGUCAUCCCACCUACAAGCACAUCAGCGAGUUCACACUGGGGAGAGGCCAUUCACCUGCUCAGACUGUGGAAAAGGAUUCACUCAGUCAUCCCACCUACAAGCACAUCAGCGAGUUCACACUGGGGAGAGGUCGUUCACCUGCUCAGACUGUGGGAAAGGAUUCACUUUGUCAUAUAAACUUAAGGUACAUCAGCGAGUUCACACUGGGGAGAAGCCAUUCUCCUGCUUAGACUGUGGGAAGGAAUUUGCGUUGUCAUCUCACCUACUGAGACAUCAGUUAGUACACACUGGUGAGAGGCCAUUCACCUGCUCUGACUGUGGGAAAGGAUUCACUUCAUCAUUUAAACUUAAGGUACAUCAGCGAGUUCACACUGGGGAGAAGCCGUUCACCUGCUCGGACUGUGGGAAAAGAUUCACUUCGUCAUCUCAACUGGAGAUUCAUCAGCAAGUUCACACUGGGGAGAGGCCAUUCACCUGCUCAGACUGUGGGAAAGGAUUCACUCAGUCAUCCCACCUACAAGCACAUCAGCGAGUUCACACUGGGGAGAGGCCAUUCACCUGCUCAGACUGUGGGAAAGGAUUCACUCAGUCAUCCCACCUACAAGCAUAUCAGCGAGUUCACACUGGGGAGAGGCCAUUCACCUGCUCGGACUGUGGGAAAGGAUUCACUCAGUCAUCCUACCAGCGAGCACAUCAGCGAGUUCACACUGGUGAGAAGCCGUUCACCUGCUCAGAAUGUGGGAAGGGAUUCACUCAGUCAUCCCACCUACAAGCACAUCAGCGAGUUCACACUGGAGAGAGGCCGUUCACCUGCUCAGAAUGUGGGAAAAGAUUCACUUUGUCAUCUCAACUUAAAGUACAUCAGCGAGUUCACACUGGUGAGAGGCCGUUCACCUGCUCAGACUGUGGGAAAGGAUUCACUCAGUCAUCCCACCUACAAGCACAUCAGCGAGUUCACACUGGGGAGAGGCCGUUCACCUGCUCGGACUGUGGGAAAAGAUUCACUUCGUCAUCUCAACUGGAGAUUCAUCAGCAAGUUCACACUGGGGAGAGGUCAUUCACCUGCUCGGACUGUGGGAAAGGAUUCACUCAGUCAUCCCACCUGCGAGCACAUCAGCGAGUUCACACUGGAGAGAGGCCAUUCACCUGCUCGGACUGUGGGAAGGGAUUCACUCAGUCAUCCCACCUACAAGCACAUCAGCGAGUUCACACUGGAGAGAGGCCGUUCACCUGCUCAUUGUGUGGGAAGGGAUUCGCGUUGUCCUCUCACCUACUGAGACAUCAGCGAGUUCACACUGGGGAGAGGCCGUUCACCUGCUCAGUCUGUGGAAAAGGAUUCACUCAGUCAUCCCACGUGCGAGCACACUACUCAGUUCACACCAGGGAGACUCUAGACACCUGCUCGGACUUUGGGAAGAGAUUCUCUCAGUCAAAUCAACCAAAUGUGCAUCAUUGAGUUCACACUGGAGAGACCGUUCACUGGAUGUGUGUCCAUCACCGUUGCUGAAUGCAAUUUCGAGACUGACUGUUGGUGCUGAACUCUGCAAUCAUUGCUGCUGCUCACCACACCCAGUUCUGCACCCUGGUCAAUGGGCAUGGGAGGAGUUUCUUCUGCUGCACAUUCACCUUUAAUAGGACUGGAGUUUAAUAUUCUGCAUCUGUGACAAAU